GGUGGGGAAGUGAUUAUCUGCUUAAGGCCGCCACGGUUUCUCCGAACGCACUUUAUGUGCAGGUAGCUGAUCCAAACGCUGAUCACCGGUGCUGGGAGAGACCUGAGGACAUGGACACCCCUCGCAACAUCUACAAGGUGACGAAUCAGAAUCCAGGCUCAGACGUUGCGGCGGAGACAGCGGCGGCGUUGGCCGCGGCGUCCAUCGUUUUUCAGCACUCGGAUCCUUCGUACUCGUCCAGACUUCUGCAAACUGCCAAAAAGGUGUUUGAUUUUGCGGACAGAUUCAGAGGAUCUUACAGUGAUUCUCUCAGCUCGGUGGUGUGCCCCUUCUACUGCUCGUACUCUGGAUACCAAGAUGAGCUUCUAUGGGGAGCAGCAUGGCUUCAACGAGCUUCAGGAAAUGCCAGUUACAUGUCCUACAUCAAGUCAAAUGGCCAUGUCUUGGGUGCUGAAGACGACGAUUUCUCCUUCAGCUGGGAUGAUAAGCGAGUGGGCACCAAAGUUCUGCUUUCUAAGGCCUUCCUGGAACAAAAAGUUGCAGGGCUGCAGCUUUACAAGGUCCACACAGACAACUACAUAUGCUCUCUGGUGCCAGGAUCAAGUGGCUUCCAAGCUCAAUAUACACCAGGUAUACUUCUUAUAAAAAUAUAUUUAUAAUAUUUACAACAACAUAAAAAUAAAAAUUAUUUUUGGCACAACAUUUUCACAAUCAUCUUUAUAAAAUACCUCGGGCAGCCGGGCAGGCACUGAUACACCAAUUGCGGCUCCACCACAGUCUCUGCUUCAACUCUCAUCUCUCUAGCUAAGAAACAGGUGGACUACAUAUUGGGCGAGAACCCUGCAAAGAUAUCAUACAUGGUGGGCUUCGGCGGCAAAUACCCGCUCCACGUCCACCACCGCGGAUCCUCCAUCCCGUCGACCCGCGCGCUUCCGGGCCACAUUUCCUGUAACGAUGGAUUCCAGUACUUGCACUCCAGCUCGCCGAACCCCAACGUUCUUGUCGGAGCCAUUGUGGGCGGGCCAGAUAGCAACGAUGGGUUCGCCGAUGACCGGGCCAAUUAUCAGCAAUCGGAGCCCACCACAUAUAUAAAUGCUCCCAUGGUCGGCGCUCUGGCGUUCUUUGCCGGCGCUGCGACGGCUUGA